UGGUACAAUUUUUUUUUACAAAAACACAGUUGGCUUUUCUUUGUAAUAUCUUUUACCAGAUAUAAUGUGUUGUAUUCUCCUGCAUUCAUUUUACAUUUCCACAAACUUCAGUGUUUCCUUUCAAAUGGUAGUUAGAUUUGGGUAUGUUUUUUUAGGUGAAAAUUGGAAGGGGGAAAAAAAGGGGCAGAUACUUAAGAGUUAAGACCUAAAAGCACAUUUUUGUUUUCAGGAAUGGUUACAGUAUAGUCCAUUUUUGACUGUGCGCUGAAUGUGCGUGCAGGUGAGAAUGAAUGAUUUAUUUCUGGAAUUCCCUUCAACUGUGAUCAGACAGUAGGUAGCCUGCAGAUCCGACACCUUUUGCUUGCUCUCAGCUGCACUAGAGGGUUGAGCAGAGCAUUUGCUUAAAUUAUAACACUGUGGAGCUGGCGUGAGAGAUGGCAACAACAAAAAAACUUCCCUCAAUCCAAUGAUGAGAAAUUGCGUUAUACUCUGAAUUAUCCCAUUAUAUCAACUGUUACACAGAGAAGAUUGAACAGCAGCUAGUAAACAGUAGCAGUGCUUCAAUCUUCUCGGUGUAACAGUUGGGAUAAUGGCACAAUAAAGUUUUAUUCUGAAAGUCCAGUAAUAUUACAGAUACUAUGCCUACUUUGUUAUUGAAACCAGGAAGAAUGUUCUGCAGGGCAGGAUUGGCACACGCCAUAUUAUUCAGCAACCCAUUUCCCCCUGUUUAUUUCAUUUAUCAAUUUCCCAUUAUUGUAUAUCAAGCAACCUUGGUAGCUGAGAAUUCUCAACUCCACAAUAUGUGCAUCACAUCUCAAUGGAGUUGAGUGGCGAUUGAGUUUUGGUGGCGUGGACUUUUAUUUUGAAGGCGAACCACCGAUUCCACUUGUUUUUUGCUCAUGCUAAUGUUGUUCACAACACACUGUUCUAGCACUUUAAUUAAAGGGUAACUACACCCGAAAAUCUAAAUUGCACACAUUUUUCUCAGACCUCAAAAGUUGUCUCCUGAUUAGGUUUUAAGCAUUGUUGUGGUCUUAACAUUUUCAAUGUCGUUUUUUUCCCCCUAUACAUUUUUUGUUUAUUUUGUUACUUUUUUUAUUUGGCUGGCUACUCUAUUACUUGUGGAAAACACUUUUACUGUAUACCUGUGCUUGUUAUUAGAGUUGUCAAUGAGAGUUUGAAGCCAUAGUUCUAUUUUGGCAUCUGCCUUGCAAUGACAGGGCUGCUCCUUCUCUGUUAACAAACAGCUCCCUGGGUGGAGGUCGAAUAAAAUGCUAUUUUUAUCAAAAAUGACAAAUUGCAGCACCCAAAGAAAAUGACACCUUUACACAGGACAAAUGGGCACAAGGUACACAUUUAAAGAAUGUACAUGUAUCGAUGUGAUUACCGACUCGAUGUAGCCGGAGGUACACUUCGCCAAAACUCAUUGCCACUCAACUCCAUUGGAACGUGUAACGUGAGAAUUCUCAAGUACAACCUUGGUAUCGUAGUUGUUUUGUUUUGGGCAAACGAGCAAAAACGCAUUAGUUCACUUCAGGGAAAUAUGGUGAGCAUCUCAUACCCAAUUCACUCACCUUUUCUUUCUACCUCUCUCAUUUGUGCUGUGUCUACUGUUCUGCCGUCCCGCCCCUUUCCUGGCCCCAACUUUUGGCUGCUCUGUCACGUUAGAGGCAUUCAGCAGCUUGAUCAUAUACACCGCAACGUUUGCAGACCAGUCAUUGUGGCAGACCCUUUGUCCUCAGCCGGCACGCGACGGGGUAAGACAAAAACCCUUAUCCACUGUUCUCCUCAGAUGAAAUACUCCGGAUGUUGCGAGUGACACAACGUUCUGUUUGCAGAUGUCUGUUGCUUAACAAAGAAGAAGGAUGCCAGAAAUGUCACAUCUAAAAUGAAGCUGAACAAACAGUCGUAGUGAACAUCCCAAAAUCUGGAGGCACAGGUUGAGCAUCCACGACCAUGGUGAACCAGGACCCCACCAACCCCUCCCAUGCCCUCUUUGACCAGUUUGUCCAGACCCAGACCUGUAAGGAGGUGCAGCGUACCUUCUCAGAGCUCUGCCACCACCUAGAAUUGGACCCCCGGGACUACCAGAGUUUCUACACCAAGCUCAAGGAGAGGCUCAACUACUGGAAGGCCAAAGCCCUCUGGAUCAAGCUGGACAAGCGGGCCCAACACCAAGACUACCAGCAGGGCAAAGUCUGUGCCAAAACCAAGUGCCUGGUGCUGGGUGCAGGGCCGUGCGGGCUGAGGACAGCCAUAGAGCUGGCUCUGCUGGGGGCUCAGGUGGUGGUACUGGAGAAGAGGGACUCUUUUUCCCGGAAUAACGUGCUGCACCUCUGGCCUUACACCAUCUGUGACCUGCGUGGGCUGGCUGCCAAGAAGUUCUAUGGCAAAUUCUGCACUGGGGCUCUGGAUCACAUCAGCAUCCGUCAGCUCCAGUUGAUACUGCUGAAGGUGUCUCUCCUCCUGGGGGUGGAGGUUAACACUGGAGUGGAAUUCAAAGGCUUCGUGGAGCCCUCAGAAGCCACGGGCUGGAUGGCCAAACUGUUUCCUGACGAUCACCCUGCUGGGAAGUUCCAAUUUGAUGUCUUCAUCUCUGCAGGAGGAGGGCGCUUUGUCCCUGAUGGCUUCAGGUGGAAGGAGCUGCGAGGAAAGCUGGCCAUCGGCAUCACAUGUAACUUCAUCAACCAUCACUCAGCAGCCGAGGCCCAGGUGGCAGAGAUCAGUGGUGUGGCCCGCAUCUACAACCAGAAGUUCUUCCAGGACCUGCUCACAGAGGAAGGUAUUGAUCUGGAGAACAUAGUCUACUAUAAAGACGCCACCCACUACUUUGUCAUGACUGCCAAGAAGAAGAGCCUGUUAAAGAUGGGGGUCAUUAAACAGGACUUCAGUGACGCCAAUCAGCUCCUGGGCCAGGCCAACGUGGACCAGGACGCCUUGUUGCGUUACGCCCACGGCGCUGCCCACUUCUCCACAGACCACCGCCUGCCCAACAUGCAGUUUGCCCUGAACCACGCUGGCCAGCCUGACGUGGCCAUGUUUGACUUCACCUGUAUGCACCGUGCUGAGAACGCCUCGCUGGUCAGGGAGAGGAAAGGAAAGAAACUACUCAUAGGCCUGGUCGGAGACUGCCUGGUGGAGCCGUUCUGGCCUCUGGGAACAGGUAUUGCCCGUGGGUUUCUGGCUGCCUUCGACACAGCGUGGAUGGUCAGGAGCUGGGGCAAGGGAAAACCACACCUGGAAGUCGUUGCUGAACGGGAGAGUAUCUACCAGCUCCUGUCCCAGACCACGCCAGAGAACAUCAGUAAAAACUACAGUGCCUUUAGUAUAGACCCGGCUACACGCUACCAGCACGUCAACCUCAACUCCAUCAAGGCCAACCAGUUGCAACAUCUGUAUGAUGUUGAAGACCAUAUUGAUUUGGGCGGACCAACCAAGAAGCAGAAAGGCAGGUUGUCUCACCUGCGACAAGAUUCAGUUGGAGCUUUUGAGGAGCUGUUGAAGUGGUGCCAGCAGCACACGGCAGGGUACGACAGGGUGAAGGUGAAGGAUCUGACCCAGUCCUGGAGGUCUGGCCUGGCCUUGUGUGCCCUCAUCAACACCUUCAGACCCCAUCUUAUUGACAUGUCCUCUCUGAAGGAGUCUGAUUCGGUCCACAACAACCAGCUGGCCUUCAGCCUCCUGGAGGAAGAGCUGGGCAUCCCUCCCAUCAUAUCAGCCAGUGACAUGGCCACCAAGGAACAGAUAGACAAGCUCUCCAUGGUGCUCUACCUCACACAGAUCCACGAUGCCUUCAACGAAAGGACGCCCACUAGAGCAGAACCCCCGAGCCUUCUCCUGACACCGUCGAAGACCCUGUCAUUUCAGGCUGUGUUCUUCCUCAACAAGCUCAAGCAUAACUCUCUGCAAAGACGCAAGGAGAGACUGGCAGCCGAGACAGAAGAAAAAGAUAAAAGGAUGAGGAUGGGAGAUGAGGAAGAUCCUGUAGCCCCUCUCUCAGCCCCUGAGGUGACCCCUGAACUAAGCCCGACGUCAAUGAACAAUGAGGAGUGUUACUUCUGCGGCCAGCGGGUCUAUGUGCUGGAAAGGAUCAGCACCGAGGGCAAGUUCUUCCACCGUAGCUGCUUCACCUGCCAGCAGUGUGGCACCACCCUCAGACUUGGCAGAUAUACAUUUAACCAGCACACGGGGAAGUUCUACUGUGAGCUGCACUCUGAACAGCUAGAGAACAGGGAACAAUCCCCAUCCGUUAAGGAUACCAUCGGAGGUCACGAGGAGGAGAGAGGUGUGAAUUCGAUCUCCAGUGAAGACCCCUCACCUUGUCCCUCUGAGGACGAUGAGUACUAUCUAGACUCGGGUCCUCCUAAACCCAUGGAGGCUCUGCAUCCUCCGAGUCAGGAAGACCCCAGUAGCAAACAGCCUAACCCUCUAGAGGAGCACCCUGUCUCACCAAAACCACCCAUAGACGUUUUCACAAAGAAAGUUUUUGAGGACUGUGAGGUGGAGGAAGAGGGGAAGGAGGGGGGUGAGGAUGCCCCCUCGGAUCCUCUGACCCCUGUCCCAAAACCUCGCCACUCUCGCUCGUCAAUCCUAAGCCCUCAGGCCUCCCCUCCUGUACCCAAACCACGCACCGUCCUCCUCACCCCAAAAGGGGACACGUCACCAGCCCAUGUAGGGGAGAAGGGGUCCCCCAGGGCAGAAAGAGAAAAAGGGACUCCCAAGGCAGCCCCUGACUCCAGGCCGAAGCCAUCCCUGCGGAAGCUGCAGCUGACCGACGAGGAGAAGAACCACCUAGUUAACUUGAGCUUCAGCCUGGACUCUGACUCGGAGACACCCGGUUCUUCCUCCUGCUCCUCUUCCUCAGCCACAGCAGGGGGUCCCUGCCCACCCAAACCCCCAGGUGCAGAUGGCCAGGAGGAGGAGGGCUACUGGAGUGGGGGCCCUGGGUCGGGGGGACACAUACGGGAGCACAGGAACCGCCGCUGCUUCAGGAGGAAAGAGGAACCAGCGGAGGGCAAGGGUCAGCACGCCAGGGUCCGCUCCAAGUUCUCCCCAUGGAACUUGUCCUCCCCUCGACUGGGGAGGGACCAACGCUUCAGCGUCCUCAACAGCCACCCAGAAGUACACCAUGGCCACAGUGUAUCUGAGGAAGAUUGUGCUGAUGAUGAUGAUGAGGACGAGGAGGAGGAGGAUGAGUUGGAUAUGUUUGCACCAGAUGGCUUGGAUUUAUAUGAUGAUAAGUUCCAGACCAUCCCUUCAGACCCUGUGGAGGCUGAGAAACUGGAGCUGUUGAAGAUGAGGACGUUGGAUCGACGGGCCAAGACGUGUGAGAUGCAGCGCUUCCACAAAGCACAGUCUAUUCAGAGACGCCUGGAGGAGAUUGAGGUGACGUUUAAAGAGCUGGAGGAUAAAGGUGUGGUGUUGGAGCAGGUACUCCGAGGAGACGAAGGCAGUGGCGGUUCCCCUGAGAUGAUCGACCAGUGGAUCCAUCUGGUCCACCAGAAGAACGCCUUGGUCUCUGAGGAGUCAGACCUCAUGGUGGCGUCUCGACAGCUGGAGUUAGAGGACAAACAGAGCAUGCUGGAGAUGGAGCUCAGACAAUACAUGGAGCUGGAUGACUCUGAGAAGACGGCGGCGCAGCAGGCAGAAGAGGACCGUGUGCUACAGGAGAUGCUGGAGGUGGUUGACAUGAGGAACUCUCUGGUGUCCUUCCUGGACGAGAAGCGACUCAAGGAGAUCGAGAGUGACAAGCAGCAGGCCACCUCGCUGCUAGAGGCCAAGAGACACUCCACAGCCUCAGCAGGGGCACAGGUGCACUGGGCGUGAGGGUGACACACACACACACAUAUACAUAUAUAUCUCUGCUAAAAUAAAGGAAACACUUGAGUAAAUGAGGGAUGCAAAGUAUAUUGAAAGCAGGUACGUGGUUCUUUAGUUAAUUAAGCAAUUAACAUUCCAUCAUGCUUAGUGUCAUGUAUAAAAAUGCCCAGUUGCCCAUUAUUUUGGCUACCAUGGCUAGAAGAGAUCUCCGUGACUUUGAUAGAGGAGUCUCAAAGGAGCCUAGGGGG